AUCACACGCAUACACACCUUCUCCAACCGCAAAGCCCGCCGCUGUGUGACAGGAAGCCACAGGAACGAUAUAGACCCAGCGAGUAACACACUCACACACACACAUACACAGAGAGAGCUCCUUCCUGACGGACUUUUUUCUUCUUGUCAUUCUGUGUGCACUAUAGCGACCAAGCCCUGGAUUUCCCCCCCCCCCCCCUCUCCCCCCCGAGCAUGAAAAGGAUUGCCAGGAUUGCCCAAUUAGCCGCAAUCCAGCAUCAGCAGCAGCAGAAGCAUCGCCGUGACCGAGCACCGGAUGCUCCAGCAGAAGUUGUUGUCCGCGCAAGUCACACAGGGGGGCCGAGACUCGGAGGGGAGCAUCUGAUUUAGGUCUCCACAUAAUGGAGCGAGAAUGAACAGAGAGCGGCUGAAAAAAAAGCAUGAACUGGAGGUUUAUUGAGGUCAUCUGCUUCCUGUUUAUAUGGGACCAUAUAACAGUUCAGUCUUCCCGCCAGGACCCAUUGGCCACUGAGCAACAUGUUGCCAAGCAGUAUGACUGGCUCAUCUCCGACCGCGGACCGUUCCACCACUCACGCAGUUAUCUGUCCUUUGUGGAUAGAUUCCGCCAAGGAUUCACGACCAGAUAUAAAAUUUAUAGGGAAUUUGCACGUUGGAAGGUGAGGAAUACAGCGAUCGAGAGGCGGGACCUGAUCCGGAACCCCGUGCCGCUCAUGCCCGAGUUCCAGCGCAGCGUCCGCCUGCUGGGCCGCAGACCGACCACGCAGCAGUUCAUCCAUACCAUCAUUAAGAAAUAUGGGACCCACAUUCUCAUCUCGGCCACGCUGGGAGGGGAGGAGGCGCUGACGAUGUACCUGGCCAAAAACAAGCUGGACAGGAAGCUCGCCAAUGCCACUCAAAAUGUGGAAGCCCUCCACCAGCUGGCCUCCUCCUACUUCAUCGACCGUGAUGGCACAAUGAGGAAGCUGCAUGAGAUCCAGAUCUCUACCAAUGCUAUCAAGGUGACAGAGACACGCACCGGCCCGUUAGGAUGCAGCAGCUACGACAAUCUGGACUCGGUCAGCUCCGUCCUGUUGCAGAGCCCCGAGAGCAAGCUUCAUCUGCAAGGUCUUCAGGUGAUUUUCCCAGAGUACCUUCAGGAGAAGUUUGUCCAGUCAGCUCUGAGCUACAUCAUGUGUAACGGCGAAGGAGAGUACCUGUGCCGCAACAACCAAUGCAUCUGCCAAUGUGGCGACGAGUAUCCCCAGUGCAACUGUCCCAUCACCGACAUCCAGAUCAUGGAGAACACCAUGCUGAGCAUGGCUGAGUCGUGGGCGUCCUCCUACAAAGAAUUUGAGAACUCCGAUGAGUUCAAGUCCUUCCUGAAGAGGCUGCCCUCCACUCACUUCCUGCCCAUCAACAGCGUGCACUUGCUGUGGGGUAGCGACUGGGACCUGCAGGCUCGCUACAGGCUGCUCCAGAGCUCCCUAGAGGUCCAGCGGAUCAAGAUCCAGCGCACUGCCCGCAAGCUCUUUGGCCUCAGCAUCCGCUGUCACCACAAUCCCAACCACCAGAUGCCCAGGGAAAGGUCGGUGAUGCAGUGGCUCAACAGGGUCCAGUCUUUCCUCUACUGCAAUGAGAACGGCUUUUGGGGAACCUUCCUGGAAAGCCAGCGAACGUGCGUGUGCCACACGGGUGCCACCCUGUGCCAGCGACCCAUCCCUUGCGUCAUCGGGGGUAACAACAGCUGCGCCAUGUGCAGCUUGGCCAACAUCUCGCAGUGCGGCUCAUGCAACAAGGGCUACAAGUUGUACCGUGGCCGCUGCGAGCCCCAAAAUGUGGACUCGGAGCGGAGUGAGCAGUUCAUCAGCUUCGAAACGGACCUGGAUUUUCAGGAUCUGGAACUUAAGUACCUGUUGCAGAAAAUGGACUCCCGACUGUAUAUCCACACCACGUUCAUUAGUAACGAGAUCCGCCUGGAGACUUUCUUUGACCCUCGUUGGCGUAAGCGCAUGUCCUUGACACUCAAAAGCAACAAAAACCGCAUGGACUACCUCCACAUGAUCAUCGGCCUGUCCAUGAAGAUCUGUCAGAUGCGCAACAGCAGCAUCGACCCCAUGUUCUUCGUCUACGUUAACCCAUUCAGCGGCAGCCACUCGGAAGGUUGGAGCAUGCCAUUCGGUGAGCACGGUUACCCCCGCUGGGAAAAGGUGCGCCUUCAGAACACCCAGUGCUUCAACUGGACCCUGUUGUUGGGCAACCGCUGGAAGACCUUCUUCGAGACCGUCCAUAUCUACUUGAGGAGCCGAGCCAAGAUCCCCACCGGGCUCCGCAACGACACGGGUCCCGUCGAUCUGGCAGACCCAAACAAACGGCAGAUCUACAUCAAAAUAUCCGACAUUCAAGUGUUUGGCUACAGCCUGCGCUUCAACGCAGACCUCCUCCGCAGCGCCGUCCAACAGGUCAACCAGUCGUACACGCAGGGAAGUCAGUUCUACUCUGCGUCGUCCGUCAUGCUCCUGUUACUGGACAUACGGGAUCGGAUUAACCGUCUCGCCCCUCCCUCUGCACCCGGCAAACCCCAGCUGGACCUCUUUUCAUGUAUGCUGAAGCAUCGGCUCAAGCUCAACAACAGUGAAAUGAUCAGGGUCAAUCAUGCCUUGGACAUGUACAGCACAGAGAUAUUAAAACAAUCAGAUCAUCUGACUGCAAAAUUGUGUUGAUCACUUUAAGAUGUCCAACGUAAGGACGGAGAACAACACAGAAAAAAUGCCCGCCAAUGAACUGAACCUCCCGGGUGGGCUCUUAUUUCAUUUUUUCUUUUGCCUUUUUCCUCUUUUGGACCUUUUCUGCCUUUUUGAUGUAACUCAAACUUUCUAAGCAUAAUUCGUAAAAAGAGGGGGAGGAAACGAAAAAGGCAUCUAUGAAAGGACGAUGUUAAUCGGAACUAACGUUAUAGGACUGUAACAUACGUGUCCAAGCAUGUCUGUUAUUCCUCCAAAGAACUUUGUCAGAGAGAGAGAGAUUUAAAAAAAAAAAAAAAGAAUACUCACGAUAAAGAGGCCUUGAUCGGAA